UUCUAAUAUCAAAGGAGAAGAACAAUAAUGUACACUAACAAGGCCUCUAUUCAAAGAGAAAGCUUUGUUAUACAAGUUUCAGAAAAUUUUCAAUCUUCACAAGCUAUUAGGCCUUCUUCUAAUAAAUUGAUCAAUUUCUCAGCCAUGAAGCUCUUUGAUCGCUUCCGCAAGAUCAUCAUGCGGUUCGUCUUUCCCAUUCCAACGUCCGGCCGGAGGAGGCCGAAUCGGGCUGGAGCAUCGAUGUCAGCCUCCGGGCUGGGCUCAGGACAGAGGCGGAGGUCGUGUGACAUGCCCGACCCGCCCAAGACUUCGUGUAGUUCCUAUUACUCAUCAACUUCUCAUUAUAAUGAAGCUAUUGCCGAUUGUAUAGAGUUCUUCAACAAGUCUUCACAAGAUCAAGGAAUUUUUAGUGGUAGAAAAUCGGACGUUAUUGUGUGAUUAUCUCCUCCUCCUCCUCCUUCUUCUUCUUCUUUUCGCUAAAGUGAUUAUGGUGCAACCAUGCUUGUAGCUUGUGUUGAUUUUUUGAAUUUUAUGCGUUCGAAUCUGAUGUUGUAAAUUUAAACAAAGUAUAUAUGUGGAAUAUCUUCA